AGUAAAUAAACAAUAUUCUCACAGAGAAUUGAAAUAUGAUAUUCACUAUAAAACUGAAGCACCAUUUUUCAUCCUAAGAAAAAAAUUUUUAUGCUAUUAUUGAAUUUGUUUCGUAGGAUGAAAAAUGGUGCUUCAGUUUUAUAGUGAAUAUCAUAUUUCAAUUCUCUGUGAGAAUAUUGUUUAUUUACUGCUAAUUCACUUAUUUGUAACACAGACAUUUGUAUUUCUCUCGAUAAAUUAAUCAUACAGACAGGUCUAUAGUCAUGAUUCAACGGAAAUAUAAUGAUUUUAAAGCUUUUUUUAAUUACUAUAAUAAAUAUGAAUUAAAGCACAUUAUAAAUACUACUAUUUAUUAUUUCCUUAGAUUUUUGCAUCUAUUAGUCUCAGUAUUAUACGAUUGCAAUAUGUUGGUCCACAAUUUCAAGCAUUUUUUCAAGCAUUGGCAGCUGCUAAUAAUAUUCAACAAACAAUCGAUGAAUUACCUAGUAAAGUAAAUGAUUAUUCAAUGAAUGAAUUGAAAGAAAAAAAUGAUCUUACUGGCGAUAUUCAAUUUUCAAAUGUUCAUUUUUCUUAUCCAACACGAUUGAAUGUAUCCAUUCUAAAUGAUCUAUCAUUUGAAGUCAAAUCUGGUCAAACAAUUGCUCUUGUUGGUUCUUCAGGCUCAGGAAAAUCGACGUGUUUACAAUUGUUACAAAGAUUUUAUGAACCAAAUUCUGGUAAAAUAUAUCUUGAUGGAAAAUCAAUUCAUGAAUAUAAUUUGAAAUGGUUACGACAACAUGUUGGUGUUGUUAGCCAAGAACCAGUUUUAUUUCAUCGAACAAUUCGAGAAAACAUUUUAUUGGGAUGCCAUACAGCUACGGAAGAAGAAAUACAUACAGCGGCAAAAAUGGCCAAUGCACAUGCAUUUAUUAUGAAUUUACCUAAUAAAUACGAAACUAUAGUUGGUGAACGCGGCACAGCAUUAUCUGGUGGACAAAAACAAAGAAUUGCUAUUGCUCGAGCACUUAUAGGAAAUCCAAAAAUUUUACUUCUUGAUGAAGCUACCAGUGCACUUGAUAAUGAAAGUGAAGCCGUCGUUCAAGAUGCUUUAGAUCAUGCUGCUCAAGGUCGAACAACAAUAGUUAUUGCACAUCGUUUGUCAACAAUUCGUAAUGCUAAUAAAAUAAUCGUCUUGAAUAAAGGACACGUUAUUGAAGAAGGUGAUCAUAAUUCAUUAAUGAAUAUUCAUGGCAUCUAUUUCAAUCUUGUUCAACAACAAACAUUACGUCAGACUGAAGAAGAACAAUUAAGAUUUGAAGAACUAGAAGCUACAAAACUAAUUCUCGCAGAACAAUUCAAUUCAGAUGAUUUGGAUAGAAGGGAAAAUCGAAGCUCAACUAUAACUAGUGUAACUCCGUCGGUGUUGGUUCGUUUGUAUAGUAGAAACAGUUCAAUAGAUAAUAAUGACGAUAAACAUUCAAAAGUUAAAUCUAAUCAAACAUUAGCGAUAUUGCGAGCAAAUAAGCCAGAAUGGUUAUUGAUUGUAAUUGGAUGUAUAGCAGCUAUGAUCAAUGGUGUAUUAGAUCCAUUGUCUGUCUUUAUUGAAGCGAAAAUAAUUACGAUCUUUCAACAAUGUGAUCAAGAUACUCAAUAUCAAGAAGUUAUCCGAUGUAUAUUGAGUAUUAUUGGUUUAGGUAUUGUUGGUUUAAUAUUUCAAUCAAUUCAAGGUAUAAUGUUUGCUUAUUCUGGUGGGAAUCUUACUCAACGACUUCGUUCAAAAGCUUUUAGUGCUUUACUUCGACAGGAAAUCGCUUAUUUUGAUGACACUAGACAUAGUACAGGUGUAUUAUGUGCACGUUUGGCAACAGAAGCAGGAGCUGUUCAAGGUGCAAGCGGAGUUCGUUUUGGUUUUAUUCUUCAAAAUCUAGUGACAAUGGGCACUGGUAUUAUUAUUGGGUUUAUCUUUUCUUGGCAAUUAACACUCCUCAUCUGUGCUUUCUUUCCAUUAAUAUUUUUUGGAACGUAUGCCCACAUUCGUUUAACAGCUCGAUUUGAAAAUCAAAACAAAGUGUAUCUAGAAGAAACUGGAAAGAUCAUUGUGGAAACUAUUCAAAAUGUUCGAACAGUAACUCAAUUAACAAAAGAAGAUUAUUUUUAUGAUGAAUAUUCACAAUUAUUGAAUGUUAUCUAUCGAUCAUCACUGACACGAAUACAACUUUUUGGUGUUAUAUGUUCAAUAUCAUCAGCGACAUUAAUCUUUGCUAUUGCAUCUCUUGUAUCACUUGGUAGUACUCUUGUAGACGAAAAUGCCAUCACAUUCGAAUCCGUAUACAUAGCACCAGAUUAUGGACAAGCAUUGAAAGCUGCUGAGAAUAUUUUUAAUCUCAUAGAACGAAAACCAUUAAUUGAUAAUAAAUCAUGCAACGGUGAAGAAAUUUCUGAUUUGAAUGGACAAAUUGAAUUUAAAGAUGUUUAUUUCGUAUAUAAAAAUCGUCCUGAAUCAAUUAUACAGAAAAAAUUUAAUCUUUGUAUUCAACCUGGUACAUCAGGCUCUGGAAAAUCAACAACUAUUCAAUUAAUUGAACGAUUUUAUGAUCCAAAUGUUGGUCAAGUGUUACUUGAUUCAAAAGAUCUUCGAAGUCUUAAUCUUCGAUGGUAUCGAUCACAAAUUGGUAUUGUUUCUCAAGAACCAAUUCUAUUUGAUUUAACAAUUCGGGAAAAUAUUUCUUACGGUGACAAUGAUCGAGAAGAUAUUCCAUUAGAUGAAAUUAUUCAAGGAUACGAGACGAUUUGUGGUCCUAAAGGAGUUCAAUUAUCUGGCGGACAAAAACAAAGAAUCGCUAUUGCGCGUGCAUUAAUUCGAAAUCCAAAGAUUCUAUUACUAGAUGAAGCAACAAGUGCUUUGGAUAGUGAAAGUGAAAAAUUAGUUCAAGAAGCAUUAGAUAAUGCUCUACAAAAUCGAACAUCGAUUACAAUUGCACAUCGUUUAUCGUCAAUUAAAAAUUCAGAUUUAAUCUAUGUUAUACAUAAUGGAACCGUUAUCGAACAAGGCACACAUGAAGAAUUACUUGCACUUUGUGGCCGUUACUUUCUGCUAGCACAAGGAAAACUUCAAUAA